AUGAAGAAUUUGUUGUGCUGUGUUUUGGCCCUUUCAUUCUUUUUGGUUGAAGCCGACAAAGAAUCGCUCCGUCGUGCUUCUUUUAAAACUUUCGAAGAUCAUUUCAAAAACGGAGCCCACAACCCUGAAUUCGAUCAUUUAGCAAUUUUAGGUUCAAAAAGAACUGAAGAGGAGUUUGAUGAACUGGAACCUGAAGAAUCUAAAGCACGCUUGGCUAAACUCAUUCCCAAGAUGGAUUUGGAUAAGGAUGGUAAACUAUGCCUCCCUGAACUACAGUCCUGGGUUUUCAAUUCUUAUAAGUCCCUGGAUAAUGAGGAAGCCAAGGAUGAGUUUAAAUCUGCAGAUGCGGAUGAAAAUGGAAAGAUUACAUGGGAUGAGUAUUUGAAGAAGGUUUAUUCCUAUACGACAAAAGACUUUGAUGAAAUGAAGAAGAGAAGUGCAGAAGAAAUGAAAGCAAUUGAGAGAAUGAUUGAUGAGGACAAAGAAAAAUUUAAUGUGGCUGAUCUGGAUAAAGACGGCGCUUUGACUAUUCAAGAAUUCCCAGCUUUUGUUCAUCCGCAUGAUUAUGAAUACAUGCAUGAACUAGAGAUUAAGCAUGCCCUGAAAGACCAUGACAAAAACAAAGAUGGCAAGAUUGACUUGAGUGAAUACAGAACAGAAUCAAGUGGACAAGAUGAUAAAACUGAAAGAUUGGCCGAGGAAGCCAAAUUCAAAGACUAUGAUGUUGACAAGAAUGGAUUGCUGGAUACAAAAGAAAUGAAAGCUUGGAUUCUACCAAACACUAUGCAAAACGCCAAAGAGGAGGCGGAGCACUUGAUUAAUGAAGCGGACCUUGAUCACGACCAACUGCUUACAGAAAAGGAAUAUCUCCUCCUUUUCCCCUUUCUUCCUUCUCCUCCUCCCACUUUCCUCUUCUUUUCCAUUUUCUCCUCCUCUAUUUAG